AAGAUAUCAUCAUUGGUCUGGAAUUUUUCAAGCGAUUCCCCACUACGAUUUAUUGUGCCGGACUCAGCGUGACACUCUACGAACCGGAACGGCAAACGGAACAGUGUAUCAUGGUCAGCGAGGCUAACCCUACCCAGAAAGAGACAACGACGGUAUUAGCCAAAAAGUAAUUUAAGAAAGAAAAUAUAUAAAUAUAAUAACAAAUACGUGUUUAAGAUAAGUUCUGAAAUUGUUAUCUACAUCUCACAACACACUGCGAUUAUGGACGGAGAUAGUCCAAAGACAAAAAAAUUUAAGGAAGCGAUGAAAAAAUUCCGUACCCACUUUGAGAGGGCAGAGUCACAGCGACGUCGAACCAUUUUUAUUGAUGACGAUGAUAUUCCGAGUACCAGCCGCAAUGCACCGAGACGAUGUACAAAACAACGGGAUCGCCCUCCAUCCCUAAGAGGCGAAGAUCAUAUAUUCUUUAGAAUGGAAGAAACAGCCAAUAAUAUCGCAGACGUACGCCCGACAUUCCCAGAUACACAUGGCAAAAAUAAUGAAAAGCGCACAGAAAGGCAAGGUUCACCACGUCCGAAUGAUGCCACCGUACAUCCUGAGGUACCACGAACACCAAUAUACAUAUCAUGCAGUGAGUCAACUCAAGAUAGUACCGAUAUGUCCGAUAUAAACACACCCACUACUUCCAUAUAUUCCGAGUUGCCGAUCACGCCGGGAAAGAAUUUUGCCAAUUACUUCGACGAACAAUCCACGCUUCCACGACCACCGAUGGAGACGAGCGGCGAAUCAUCUGUUUCAGACAUAGAUGAAGAUGAGUGGCGUAACUUCUAUGGGUAUGAGGAUAAGAAUAUUGAGAAGAAGUCGCCGAUAGCACCUCCUAGUCCAUCAUCCACCGAGUCCGAUGAAGAAAACUACAAAUGCCCAAGUCCAAAGCCUAGGAAAGGUUUGGGUUUCAUCGAGCAGAAAGAUCGUGAGUAUCGCUAUUUGGGGUUCAGAUGCUACGAACGAACUGUCACUGUAGAAUUGCUGGUUCCGGAUCAGGAUAAAACACCGAUACUAGCCAACAACGGAGAAGAAAUUAGUAAGGCCUUAUCCGCAGAACCAAGUAUAUAUGAUCAAAUGCCCGAUUUGGAGCCCAUAAUUGACAGUUCAGAAACCAUAGCUGCCACCCAAGUAACAAGCGACACUGACGAGGAAGCUUCAAGAUCGUCAGUAAACAGUUUCGUAACCGUUUCCGAAACCCCAAACCUGGAAUGAUGGACGCAGUGGCACGCAUUAGUUGGAGUAAAGACUCCAUCACCUAUUCGAAUUUCGAUUGAACCAGAAAUGGCGACAGAACGGAAUGUGAAUGUAACUGAAAGGCCGGUAGCCGAGAAUCCGAGAACGCCAUUUACAAACACGAAGGGUGAUGGAAUAGUGGGACAAGGUUUUUCGCAAACGUCAUACUCAUUGGCGAGUUCAUCUUCGUCACCCUCAAAAUCAUCAUCAUCCUCAUCAUCAACUUCAUCAUAUAUACCAUGCCAACUACCAUUCAUAAUUUCCAGUAACACAUUUACCAACCCGAGAGAACCAUCAUCCCCCACAAAAAUAUCAAAAGUCCCCUUAUGCGCCAACGUAGCACCAACUAGCCACCACUCAAACUACCUAGAAGAAAUAUUCGUCCCGAAUGCGGAAGAGGGUAAAGAACGUCCAAGCCAAGGCACAACUUCCAUCACCGAAGGGAAGGAACAAAUUAGCAACAGUCAUGACACUUGGAGCCAAGUUCCCCCGGAUAACUAUCCUAGUGACUUGCGGGACAUUAUUGUCAAAUUCCUGAGUAGGUCCAAAAGGGGCAAACG